GGACCCUGUAAAAAAAAAACACAGAUUCCAUCCUUGCCAAAUUCAGAUUCCCUCAUUUUAAACCCUCAGUGGAUGAGAUCCCAUAAAAAGCUGACAUGGACUUGCCACGUUGGCAUAUCUUAUUAUUUGAGGGUUUGUACGCAGCGCUUCCUCCAUCUACAACAUCAACCUGCAUACGAGCUUCAAAGAAUGUCUCGAAGCGCAAGUUCAGAGAUUAAUAGCUGUGGGAGGAAAGCUCCAAUCUGCGGGCACCAUCAACCUAUGCGAAUGUUUGUGUCGAAAUCGAAGUCAAACCCAGGAAGAAAAUAUUGGAAGUGUAGAAAUUGGGGGAAGAAUGAUGAUUGCAAUGGGUUUCAAUGGGACGAUGAAAUUGAUAGUGAAAUAGUUGAAGGUGGCUCUUUAGCUGAAAGUGAACAACUGUUAGAGGUUAUGACGAAUUUGGGUGCAGAAUUUGGGAAGAAUUUUGUACAGGAGGUUGGGAUGUCAAUGAACAAGAUGAAGAUUGAGAAAUUGAAAAUGAAGGCUGCAAAAGAUCAGAAGAUUAUUAAUGCCCUCACCUGCACUCUUAUUGUAUCUUGGUUGUUUUUUGUUUUUCUGUUUAGUAGUAAGUAGAUGUUGUACCAAUCUUGGUUGUUUUUUGUUUUUCUGUUUAGUAGUAAGUAGAUGUUAUUGUAUCAGAUGUACUCUUA